GUCAAAAGUCCAAAACAUGCAGCAGCAUAAUGAUUUCACAUAAAGAAAUUGAAGUCUGACAUGUAGAAGAGUCGAAUCUCUAAAAUUUAAAAAUAUUUUGAAUUUUUCAAUAAGUAAAAAGUAUUUUUCUGAUUUUUGUCUCAUGUUAAUACUAAUAACUCAUAAUUUUUCUGUUCUUUCUGCAUUUUCCAUUCCAAAACCAACAGCAUUAUUGGAGUUCGACGAUACUUUCUUCUGUUCACUUUUUGGAAACUCUCAAGCAAAACCAACUUUUCUUCUUUUUCCUUUUUCAACUUUUGAUUAAUCUUCGUCUUCAUUAAUUAAUAUAAUGGGGGUGUCAUGAAAUUUCUUUGGCUGGAUUGAACAGAAUAAGAGUUUUAAUGGAGUUUUUUCUUACCAAAAGGGCUAAAACCAGAACAAAUUUUGUGAAAAUCGUUAUUUUCAGUGUUUAUGCAUCUCUUGUUUUGACGUCUGUUGCACAACUUCUGCCUGAAAACGAAGUACAAGUUCUUGAAAGAAUAUCAUCGAGAUUACAAAACAAAUACUGGAAUGUUACGCGAAGAUCUUGCAGUGAGAGUACCGGUUUUAACAUGACCAUUUGGGGUGACGAUGUCUACAGCAAUGUGACUUGUGACUGUUCAUUUGUUAACAAGACUGUUUGCCAUGUGACGCACAUCCAGAUGAAGGGUUUCAAUUUGACUGGAAUCUUGCCUGCAGAAUUUGCGAAUCUUACUUAUCUAAAAGAGUUAGAUCUAACUCACAAUUAUAUCUAUGGAUCAAUUCCUCCAAUCUUCGGUCGGCUUCCUCUUCUUACUUUGUCACUUCUUGGAAACCGUAUCAAUGGCACAAUUCCGAAUGAACUUGGUGAUAUUAGCACUUUGGAAGAGCUGACUUUGGAAGAUAAUCAGCUCGAAGGAAAUAUUCCACAAAACUUGGGAAGUCUGAGAAAUUUGAGGAGACUGUAAGGCCACUCGACAUGA